GCCCAAUUAAGACCAAAUUUCCUAAACUAUUGAAGUCUGCUUUUCCUUCCUUCCAUGUCGAAGUGUAAGAACUCCAGCUCCACAAACUGCAACUAUUAACCUCACCUGCGGUCGAGGUUUCUCUCUAUUUAGGUCGAAAAUAGAGCGAUAACAAUGCUGCCGCAGCGCAUGAAGAAGGCCAUUACAGAUAACCCAAAGAAGCUUGCCAACUUGAUUGACCUUGUAAAUCUUCCUUCAACACUCAGAGAGUUUGUGGGUCAGUCUCAGAUUUCUCGUCUAGGCUGUUUUAUGCGGGUCUGGUCCUACAUCAAAACCAAUAAUCUGCAGGAUCCAAACGACAAAAAUGUGGUCAAUUGUGAUGAAAAUCUGAGGAGAAUUCUGAUGGGCAAGCCUCAGGUUGAGCUAGCCGAACUUCCUGCAUUGAUCAAAUUGCAUUUUCCCAAAGAGCCAAAGUAAGUUGAGCAAUUGAGGUUAAGGCGCCUAUGUUCCUUCUUCACCGAAUAUAUUUCCUUGCUCAAGGAUUUUUUUAUUUUUUUAUUUAUUUUUUUUUAGUUUUUAGCUGCUCCAUGUUGUACCAAAUUCAUUUUUGAGUAUUUGGACAUUUGACUUUGCGGCUGGCUUUGAACUAGCUUUUAUCUUAGUUAUUCAUCUGCAGAAUUAAACUGAUAAUUUUAGUUGUUAUUGUUGUAUUUGUUUA